AAGACCAUGGAGUCUCCUAAUCACACCAACAUGAAUUCUUCUGUCUUCUUUCUUCUGGGCAUUCCAGGUCUGGAACAAUUCCACGCAUGGCUCUCACUCCCUGUGUGCUGCCUGGGAACAGCCACUGUUGUGGGCAAUCUAACCAUUCUGGUUGUUGUUGCCACUGAACCUGCCCUACACAAGCCUGUGUACCUUUUCCUAUGCAUGCUCUCAACCAUCGAUUUGGCUGCCUCCUUCUCUACAGUGCCCAAGCUACUGGCCAUCCUCUGUUGUGGAGCUGGACAUAUCUCUGCCUCUGGCUGCCUGGCACAGAUGUUCUUCAUCCAUGCCUUCUGCAUGAUGGAGUCCACUGUGCUGUUGGCCAUGGCAUUUGAUCGCUAUGUGGCCAUCUGCCACCCCCUCCGAUAUGCCACUAUCCUCACUGACACCAUCAUUGCCCGAAUUGGGGUGGUAGCUAUGGUGCGAGGCUCCCUGCUCAUGCUCCCAUGUCCCUUCCUCAUUGGGCGUUUGAGCUUCUGUCAGAGCCAUGUGAUCCCUCACACAUACUGCGAGCACAUGGCAGUGGUGAAACUGGCCUGUGGGGACACUAGGCCUAACCGUGUGUAUGGGCUGACAGUGGCCCUGCUGGUCAUCGGGGUCGACUUGUUCUGCAUUGGUCUAUCCUAUGCCCUCAUUGCUCAGGCUGUCCUUCGUCUCUCAUCCCAUGAUGCUCAGUCCAAAGCCUUAGGGACCUGUGGUUCCCACGUCUGUGUCAUCCUCAUCUCUUACACUCCAGCUCUCUUCUCUUUUUUCACACACCGCUUUGGACACCAUGUCCCACUCCAUAUCCAUAUUCUUUUGGCCAAUGUCUAUCUGCUCUUCCCACCUGCUCUUAAUCCUGUGGUUUAUGGAGUUAAGACCAAGGAGAUUCGUGAAAGGGUAAUGGGGUGUUUCAAAGGAGACAAGAAACUGGGGUAA